AUGCGUUUUAUUUCGAAUCCUUCUAUUUUAAUCCUGAUUUCCGUAUUAAUCAUAUUCUCGCCGGUGAAGGGUAAUGGUCUCAAACCGAAAUCUGAUGGCAUAUGUCCGGAGAUUCGUACUGUACUUUGUCUCAAGGAUACACUAGAAAAAGUUGCGAAUGGUGCAAAGGAAGUCGAUACAAUUGCAUAUCGAAUCAAACAACAAAUUAAACGCGAACCUACGCAGUCAAAUAUCAAUGAAUAUACAAAACAUAAAAUGGACUCGAUACGAACUUUCCUACCACAAUCAAAAUACCACUUUGAAUAUAUGCACGUUCAUAAUAAUAUCAACCGAACUGGUCUUCUGAAUUUAAUAAAAGAACAACAUUAUGCUUACAGUUAUCUCUAUAAUUCAAUACGUAGUGUUCUCAAAUUAGGAAAUAUCUUCGCGCCGUCUGUAGACAAAUCAUUCAAAGCGAUUCUAUUGGAAAUUGAAAAGAACAUUCUAUGCAAUUACCAGAAUAUCUUCUAUACUUAUUCAGAACCGAUCUCAUCUGUUGAUGAAAUCGAUGGAAUUCAAGUGACAAACAGACGAAAACGUCAUGCGCCAUCGUUGAUGCACAAUUCGUAUUCAAUGAUUAUUGUUGAAUUAUUGAAUGAAUGGAUGCAAAACGUGAACAGUUUCAAUCUUAUACUUUCAACAACGUUGAUCGUUGUCAAGCCGUUUUCUUCUGAUUUUUAUUCAACUGCGAUGCUUUUAUUAUUGAAUAUUCUCGUCCUUUCAGUCGUAUUUAUCUCAGCCGAGCUGCAAUCCAAAUUUGACAACAUGUGUCCGGCUACACGUGAUGUUCUUUGUGUCAAAGAUACGUUGUUAACCAUCGCAACCGUCGCUCGUAGUAUCAACAGAACUGCGAAUGAAAUAGAACGCACCAUUCUCUCGAAAUAUCAAGAAAUCGAAACACUCAACCGGUACAUCAACUAUGAAAUGGGCGUCAUUCAAGUGUAUCUACCACUACCGCGAUAUCAUGUCAAAUUCUUUCAAGUCAACUAUGUCGACAAGAACUUUUUACAUGAUCUGCUUCUGGAAGCACACAAUGCUCUAAGCUACUUUUACAGAUCUAUUGAUAGAAUGCUGAGCAUGAGGGAUAUAUCAUCGUUUACGAGUGACUUAUGGUUUGGACAGAUCGCUGAUAAUCUUCGUUAUGAAAUGAUCUGUGGUUAUCGAAAUGUAUUGAGUGUAUAUUCACAUGCAUGGCCAUCGAUCGAUCAAGUAAAUGAGGUUCAGUUCUCUCGAAAAAAGUAUACCAGUCCACCAUCGAUGACUCAUGAUGUUCAUGCGGUGAUAAUCAUUCGAUUGUUAAGAGAAUGGAUGCGUAAAAUACAUGAAACGAUGAUCAAUAUGGAAAGUAAAUACUAUUCAAUGAAAAUGAACCCAUCGAUGUAA